GUCGAGGGCUGACGAAGAAGGCAUUGAUUGUUCAACCCCCAAUCUCGAGUCUUGCGCAGCCUCAGCUUUUUGUUAGGAUCCACAUGAAACCAUCGCACCGUGCCGUCACUGCCGUCUGCUGCCUUUUUUUAUUUCUGCUUUUCAUUUCAUCGGCCUACAUAAGUUAUACUGUAGAAUACUCAUUUGUGAAAGCCCGCCCAAGUCGUCCUCGCCCGAGCUUGUCCUCCUACAUUCUUCGAAUAGGACUUGCCGACAUCCGGGCGCACGUCUCUGCCUCCAACUCGAUCCAAACACUGUUCCGAGGAGCAAUCUACCAUUUGUACCCCCGACAGUUCCCAAAGCCUCGAAUAGCUGAUGUCGUCGCCAAGUCCGAAUGGCUCCUCCGGGGCACCCAUACAGCUUUCGAACAAAGCUAGUGCUGUCGCGCCCAAGUUGAGCUCGGAAAACAUGGAAAUGGGCAACCUGCCGGGAGGCGAAACUCCCGCGGAAGAGGAUAUCAUGCAGCUCGCAAGAGUAGGAAACAUCCCCGCCAUGGAGAAGCUGUUCGAGAAGGGUGAAUAUGAUGCAACGUACACAGAUGACGAGGGCAUCACUCCACUACACUGGGCCGCGAUCAACAACCAAUAUGCCAUGGUCAAGUUCUUGAUCGACAAGGGCGCCGACCUCAACAAGAAGGGAGGCGAUUCCAUCGCGACGCCUCUGCAAUGGGCUGCGCAAAGGUCCAAUUACUACACCGUCAAUCUGCUAUUACAGCACGGCGCCGACCCCUUGAUCACCGAUGCCCAAGGUUACAAUACGCUACACAUCUCGACUUUCAACGGAAACGUCUUGCUGAUUACCCUGUUGCUGCACCAAGGCAUUCCGGUAGACGUGGCCGAUACCUAUGGCCACACUGCUCUUAUGUGGGCUGCAUACAAGGGCUUUCCGCUGUGUGUAGACCUUUUCUUGCGGUGGGGAGCGAGCGUCCAUGCUACCGACGAACAAGGAUUUACCGCGCUCCACUGGGCUUUGGUCAAAGGUUCAGCGCCUUGUAUCAUGAAACUCAUCGAGUACGGCUCUGACAGGUUCGCCAAGACAACUACGGGCAAGACACCAGCCAUCACAGCCACGGAUUUGAACACGACCGGCGCAUGGCAUAGGGCGCUGAAAGAAUGCGGCUACGAUGAAGACGGACACUCUGUGACACCAUGGUGGCCCGGAGCCACCUACUUCCUUCAGGACAAGCGAAUGUUCAUGAACAGGGUUCUGUUCUUGUUGCCAUUUCUACUGCUAUGGAUCGAGCUGUUGCUGCUGGCUUAUCUGCCCAUCUUCCUUUCUCUGCCAUCUGCGCUACUGGUGGGCUUUUCCUUCCAGUGGGUGACAAAUCAAAUCGUUGAAUACGGUCCGCCCGACAUGAGGGUCUUGCACAAAACACCCUGGCUAGCAGGGAUUUUUGCCGCUUCUUUGUUCUGGGUUGGCAUUGGUUGGUUUUUAACGGUAUUGCCGGCCACUUUCUCGGCACACCCUCUAUGGAACUUCUUGUUCGCCGGCGUGAACAGCCUGUGUGGGUAUUUCUACGCAACUAGCAUGACCUUCGACCCUGGCUUUGUGCCAAAGAUGAACGGCAUUGCGGAACAGAAGGCCGUCAUUGACGAGCUUUUGAGUUUGUGGAAGUUUGAUGAGUCCAAUUUUUGUGUCUCGUGCAUGAUUCGAACGCCGCUUCGAAGCAAGCACUGCAAGCGUUGCCAGAGAUGUGUUGCAAAACAUGAUCAUCACUGCCCGUGGAUCAACAAUUGUGUUGGUGUUAACAACCACCGCCACUUCUUCUACUACCUGAUCUUCCUCACCUUGGGCAUUCUCUCAUUUGACUGGUUGCUCUACUACUACUUCUCCGCCAUGCCGGCCAGUUCGGAAACGGAAUGUGCGUUCUUGUCAGCCAACCUGUGCCAGGUCUUCAACUCAGAUCCUUAUGUAAUCCUGCUGGGCAUCUGGGCUACGCUUCAACUUACUUGGGUCGGUAUGCUCCUCUUCGUCCAGUUCGUUCAAGUCGCUCGCGCCAUGACAACAUAUGAGAAUAUGUACGGCAUCAAUGACGGCUCAGCCGCGAAUCUGAUGCACAACUUUACAAGUACUGGAGCGCCUCUUGACCCAACCCACCCUGACGCCCUUCAAGCGCCACCAAGUGCUGCCGACGAUCCUUUGGGCAACCGGUCGUCACAUCACGGACACAAGCAUGCCCGCGGCUUUUUACAGAGCUGGAGCCGUAUUCUGGGAGUUGAUACAUUCCUCGAGACAGCUACUGGUCGUAGUGCAGCCACGUCGAAGAAGGCAAGAAAGAAGAAGAACCCUUACUCUCGAGGCUAUGUACAAAACUGCAAAGACUUCUGGUGUGACACGACGCCUGUAUUUGGUAAACGCGAAGCUGGUGACGCCAUGCUGGGCGGCCAAAGAGUGAACUGGACUGAGACAUAUGAGAGCCCUGCCGCUAUGGACAUGGGAGGCAGAAGAGGUAGAGGAGGUUAUGAAACGGUUGCAGGUGACGAGGUGUAAGAACACAUCGUCAUCUUGUUUUAAUCAUGUGUACUGUCCCUGGAAAUCGCAUGCUGCUGCACGGCAUUACGGAACCUGGAAGGCUUGCUUUGUAUAUAAUGACGAGUGGCUCAAAUGGCCAUGAAUGAUCAUAACGAAACAACUGUAAUUUAUCAUUGAAGAUCUACAUCAGCCAGCAACUUAGAUACAAGCCAACAUCAUUAACUAUAUCGAUCCUUAGGUAGUGCUUCAAAUCAACGCUACAUGUACAAA